GCUGAUUAGAGUUCAGGAAGCAGCCAUUUACGCUCCCGGCAAGCACUGUUUAUUAUCGUUCUGCACUAUGGCUUUACCCAGGGUCUUUUUCGACGUCGCCGCUGACGGCUGCCCGCUGGGUCGUAUAGUCAUGGAGCUCAGGAGUGACGUUGUUCCAAAGACUGCUGAGAACUUCCGUGCUUUGUGCACACAUGAUAAAGGAUUUGGCUUCAGGAACUCCGGCUUCCACAGAAUUAUCCCUGAAUUUAUGUGCCAGGGAGGUGACUUCACCAACCACAAUGGAACUGGUGGUAAAUCCAUCUAUGGGAACAAGUUUGCUGAUGAGAACUUCACCCUGAAGCACACUGGCCCUGGAAUCCUCUCUAUGGCCAAUGCUGGGGCAAACACAAAUGGCUCCCAAUUCUUCAUCUGCACUGCUAAGACCUCCUGGCUUGAUGGAAAGCACGUCGUGUUUGGGCAGGUCAUCGAAGGCAUGGAUGUCGUGAAAACUAUGGAUAGACUAGGUUCUCAGUCUGGAAAACCCAGCAAAAAAGUAGUUAUCACCAACUCUGGUCAGCUUUAAAAGAAACAUCUGUAUUUUUUUUUAGUCUUUGUUUUUAUUUUUUCCUUCUGGUCUUAAAAACAAGCAUUCCUUUGCAACAUUAACUGGUAGCUUCAGAACACCCCAUUCAGUACUUAAAAUCCUAGUGCACUUCAAACUACUGCAUUUUUCUGUGGUGCUUAACCAGUUCUUACUCCAUCCAGAUGUUCCACAAAUUCCAAAAUUAUGUCAAAAAGGUUAAACUGAUGCUCACAACAUAUGGCGUCUUGUCUUUAAAUCUGUUAA